CCGCGGCGCCCGGCAGUCCGUAGGCGAAGUCCUAACGAGUAGCCGGCGAGCGAGCCGUUUCUCCAAAAAACUUCCUCUCGAUUACAUUGCGCUGAGAUUUCCGUGUUCGUCUUUCGAAUUUUCGGCUCCUCGACCCGCGUGCCUUCUUUACUCGUCGCGUUUUCGCCGUUCGUUUUACGCUUCCCUCGUAAACUCGCCGUAGGCCGUUUCGUUCAAACUGUUUGAUCCUUGAUAAGUUUGAAGUAAAAGAUCGAACGAGUCAAUCGAUAGUGAGAUUAACUUGCUAUUUUACGAAAUACGUACGAUCGAUUUAUGGGUCGAGGAAGGUAUUCACCAAGUGCGAACAGUGUUUGUAUCGACGAAUAUGGAAAAUUUUGAUGAUAUGUGACGAGAUACUGUCGAUCGUGCGACAAAAAGUAAAUGACCCGAUUUUCGACUGACAAGUCGUAAGACGGAUGUACCUUGGUGGAAUGUAUCAGUGAGGAACGAUAGGUGUUGUGAUUUGGAAGAGUGUACAAAAUUCACGAUUCGUGAUUCUCGAGACUAGUGAUCGAAUCAAACUGCUCGAAAGGAUCUCGUAUGCGUGUGUCGUCAUCGCGUCAUCGUGCUGGCCUUAACGAGGCGCAGUUAGCGUCGGCAUCGUUAGGGAGCGUGGAACGCGAGUGGACUGGUGCUUCCAAAUCCUCGAAAUUAUCGCCGCGAUUCCUAGCACCCUUGGUGUAUAGUGAGAACAGUGGUUCGUCGUUCGUGUCCACCUCGUCUCGAUAAUUCGUCCUCGCAUCUCGAAGAAUCGUGGGUACACGAGCGUGCUUCCUUAAAGUGAACCUUACGCGCGGAUAUGCGCCGUUAAUGAAAGAAUCUGUUGUGAUUGCUCGCGGAGACGAUCGGAGCGUCCUUUCGUGGCUAGAAGCUAACGAAAAAGGGGCAAGGAGAAAGGAGGGAAGAAGAAAUCGAGCAGAGAAGGAUCGGAAGGAGACGAGAGGCACCGCGUCUCAACUUUGGAAACAGAGAUGAGUUGAGAAUCGACUACGAUGUUGAGUCGUCUUUCGGCCGUGGUGGCCUCCAUUUUGGUUCACCAGCUACACGUUUUGUGUGCCGCCACCUCAUUAGGUGCUAAGCCGUUUCCUGGACUGGAAAACCUGCCGAGGUCGUUCUGGCAUGAGCUCAGUUCGCCUUUUACCGAGGUAUACGAGGUGGAAAGUUUCGCAACAGAGACGGGCGGCACUCCGGAGCCGAGGCCCUUUUUCGAAGAUCCAGAGAGCAACAUUACCGUGCAACUCGGUGCUCAAGUAUAUAUGCACUGUAGAGUACAAAACCUGCAGGAUACGCUUAAGGUGUCGUGGGUUCGCAGACGAGGCGACGAACUGCAUUUGCUCACGAUCGGCUUGGACACGUACGCGAGCGACUCUAGGUUUUCGCUGGCCCUGGAGAAGCCGAAUGAUUGGCGGUUGCUUUUGCGUUCGGCUACCGAACGAGAUGGCGGCGUGUACGAGUGUCAAGUCAGUGCUCAUCCGCCAUUAAUCAGAACUGUCCAUCUCACCGUGUCAGUGCCGAAGGUUGAGAUCGUGGACGAGCACGGUGCCACAGCUGGUGACAAAUUCUACAAAGCGGGCAGUACGAUAGAAUUGAAGUGUGUGGUCAGCAAUAUACCGCAGCCUACCGGAUAUGUUACGUGGCGGCACGGAUCCCGCACGCUGAAUUACGACACUACCCGUGGAGGAAUCAGCGUGAAGACUGACAUGGGCGCCAGCGGCGCGAUAUCCAGGCUCUACAUUGCCAACGCGAACAAAAAAGACAGCGGGAAUUACAGUUGCGCUUUGGCGGAUGUCGCGGCAGCUACCACGGUCUCCGUCCACGUAUUAAACGGCGAGAAUCCAGCAGCCAUGCAGCACGGUGGUUGCGCGAAUCUUCGGGCGACGUCGUUCGUUCUCAUCGUCAUCACGAUGCUAUUCCCGUCGCUUUUCAGGUGACCGUGAUGUCCUGAUCACUCUCUGGGCCUGCAAUUCGAAUGGUGCUAACUCCCUUCAUUCUCGCGACAAAUGGAACGCGAGAAAAUUCCGAAGAAUCCGAAGUAAUUGUCUUUCCCGGCCCAUAUGUCGAGCUUUGCAAGGAACGGACGCACUUUCGCAUUCGAAAUCGAUUUUUACACCGAAAGCCGAUAAGCAGCAACCAGCCGAAUCAAUUCCGACUCGUGAUACGAAGAAAGAAGACAGUAGGAAAUCAGCAAAAACUUUCUCCACGGUAUACGCAGAUUACUAUAAGACAGAGAGGGAAAGAGAGAAACGUUUGUGCUGAAACCACUGUUUUACACGAGAUGUGGUCAAAGGAUCCGAUUGUUCGACAAAGGACUUUCUUCCCCCUUUCGUUUCGUUUCUUUUUCAAUACAUCGAACUGCAUAAAUGGAAACGCGAAAUUUCCCCGUGACAGACAACGAAGUUUUCCCCUUUAUCGUGAACAUUCGUCGAUCCUGUUUACCGAGCUCAAGGUUCGCCCAUCUCGUCUACCAUAUCGUACGUGAAUUUCCACGAAUAUUUUUGCGUAUGGCGGCUCGAGCGGCUCGCUUUGAACGCUACACGAUACCAAGAGAAGAUUCUCCAUUGCCUUUUACUCGGUCGAUCUCUUGGUUCGCAUGUAAAAAUUGGAAACGUAUCUUUGUGCGUUCAUACUGCGCACGAAUAUUAUCAAAACGACGUAAAGAUAAAUCGAACGUGAAUUAUCGUGAUUUGAAAUUCGUUCAAGCAGAUUAACAUAUCAAUCUUUUUCUCAGAACGAAAAUCGCGACUCUUCCCGUUCCUUCCGACGACUAAUUCUAUUAAAAAAAAAAAAAAAGAA